GCCUGGCGAGCCCUGCGCUCCGACCCCACCCGGGUCCCUGCUGCUCUCCAUUCAUUCCUUCCACGGAAUCAGGGGCUGAGGAGGCCGGGGCUGGUCGCCCCUCGGAGCACGGCCGGUUUUCGUUAAUCGGAACCUUCCGGGAGGGCUUCGCUUUCUCCUGUGUGCAUCCGGGCUGGUCCAUCCCCAGGGUGGUGGGCUUGGCCCCCCAGGUGCCCGGGGAGCCUUUAAGGCCCCAUGCAUGGUCAGGUCUUAUUGUCCCAUUGCUGGGCCACGCGUUCCUGCCUCUCCCCCGUGGCAUGCGGUUGGUCUCGCUCUCGAGUGCAGCCAUUGGAUCCGGAGACCGGAUCGAUCAGGUCCGGCGGGCUCCUUACCCUCGCCGUGCCCCCGCUCCUUAUUCGGACCUACCUGACAGGGUUUUGCGGCCUCCAGGUGGUGGAUCCAAUUUUUCAUUAGGUUUUGAUGAACCAACAGAACAACCUGUGAGGAAGAACAAAAUGGCUUCUAAUAUCUUUGGGACACCUGAAGAAAAUCAAGCUUCUUGGGCCAAGUCGGCAGGUGCCAAGUCUAGUGGUGGCAGGGAAGACUUGGAGUCAUCUGGACUGCAGAGAAGGAACUCCUCUGAAGCAAGCUCCGGAGACUUCUUAGAUCUGAAGGGAGAAGGUGAUAUUCAUGAAAAUGUGGACACAGACUUGCCUGGCAGCCUGGGGCAGAGUGAAGAGAAGCCCGUGCCUGCUGCGCCUGUGCCCAGCCCGGUGGCCCCGGCCCCAGUGCCAUCCAGAAGAAAUCCCCCUGGCGGCAAGUCCAGCCUCGUCUUGGGUUAGCUCUGACUGUCCUGAAUGCUGUCAUUCUGUCUGUUUCCUCCAUGCUUGUGAACUGCACAACUUGAGCCUGACUGUACAUCUCUUGGAUUUGUUUCAUUAAAAAGAAGCACUUUA